GGUGAGCUUUGGAAGCCACCUUCCAAUCUGGCUGUGGCAGAGGUCCAUUGUGCUGAGAGGCCCAGAAGGAAAGGGACAACCAUGGCCAAGGUCUGGAGGUGUGUGUAGUCUGGUGUCUUUUUGAUGGCAUGCUGUUCUCAAGGGACUUGAGCACAGGCAUGAAACUGGACCAUGGGGUGAGUGGUGGGCAUCCGGGUGACCUCGGCCAGGUGCGUGGGCACACGGUAGGUAGGAUAGAGCUGAUAUGCCCGUGCACCCAUCAGUCUUUGUGAACUUCGCAGUCUUCAACCUUGCCACGUGACUCCUGAAAACAAGGCUGGAAGGGAAGGUCGCAGCUGAGACCAGGAGGGUGUCGAGUCCCGGAGCUUGGACUGGAGAGACGAUGAAAGAACAUAAGCAGUCAUUGCAUCACUCCUGAAUCUGUCCCCUGUGUUCAAGGGCUCCUGGAAUCUUCUCACACCCACCAUGAACACCUCUGAUUUCCUGGCCUCAUUGCUCCCAUUAUCCCUGCAGGGUCUAAAUUGGAGCAAGCCAAAGACCAUCCCAUACAACUUCACUGACCACUGUCAGGAUUCUGUGGACCCAAUGGUCUUCAUCGUCGUGUCCUACAGCAUAGAGACCAUCGUGGGCAUCCUGGGCAACCUCUGUCUGAUAUACGUUAUCAUGAGGCAGAAGGAGAAGGCCAACGUGACUAACCUGCUCAUCGCCAACCUGGCCUUCUCUGACUUCCUCAUGUGCCUCAUCUGCCAGCCCCUCACGGCCGUCUACACCAUCAUGGACUACUGGGUCUUUGGUGAGGCCCUUUGCAAGAUGUCAGCCUUCAUCCAGUGCAUGUCGGUGAUGGUCUCCAUCCUCUCACUUGUCCUCGUGGCUCUGGAGAGGCACCAGCUCAUCAUCAACCCAACAGGCUGGAAACCCAGUGUCUCCCAGGCCUACCUGAGCAUUGUGGUCAUCUGGCUCCUUGCUGGCUUCCUCUCCCUGCCCUUCCUGGCCAACAGCAUCCUGGAGAACGUCUUCCACAGGAACCACUCCAAGGCUCUGGAGUUUCUGGCAGAUAAGGUGGUCUGUACUGAGGCAUGGCCCCUGGACCACCACCGCACCGUCUACACCACCUUUCUGUUCCUCUUCCAGUACUGCGUCCCCCUGGCCUUCAUCCUCAUCUGCUACGUGCGCAUCUACCAGCGCCUGCGGAAACGGAGGCGUGUGUUCUGCAAGGGCACCUCCGGCUCGCGAGCCGGGCAGACCAAGUGCCUCAACCGGGUGCUGGUGGCAAUGGUGGCCACCUUCGCCAUGCUCUGGCUCCCCCUGCAUGUGUUCAACAGCCUCGAGGACUGGUACCCUGAGGCCAUCCCCAUCUGCCACGGUAACCUCAUCUUCUUGGUGUGCCACCUGCUCGCCAUGGCCUCUGCCUGUGUCAACCCCUUCAUCUAUGGCUUUCUCAACACCAACUUUAAGAAGGAGGUCAAGGCCCUGGUGCUGAGCUGCCAGCAGAGCCCCCCCGUGGAGGAUUAUGAGCAUGUGCCCCUGUCCACGGUGCACACAGAGGUCUCCAAAGGCUCUCUGAGGUUAUGUGGAGCAUCCAAAUCCAUUUAGCCAGGGGUAGAGCUUCUUCCUGCCACGGUCAUUGCCAGGUUCUUUCAUUUAGCUAAGUGGGCACGCUUCAAGCCGUGGCACCCCAACAUUAUUGCUUUUCCAGGGUCCUGGUGGGCUGGCUAGAGCCCAGAUCUGCAGAUGGUGCAGCCAUCUGUUCCUGUAAUCAUUCUGAGUCCAGAUUCUGCAAGUCCCAGUGUGUCUUGCAGCUUGAGCAGAUGCCAGAGCCAGAGAUGGUCUGCUUGUAACAGGAGGGUUCAUUCUAGUAACUCAGCAACAGAUGCCAAGCCUGGGAAGCCAGGGAUUUAGCCUCCACAGGGAGACCAUGAGGCCACCGUGGGGGGAAGGAAGGAGCACUUGGAGUCAGAACCCUGGACUCUGGUCAACCUGCAACCUCUGUGAGGCUCAGUUCCUUUGCUGUAAAAUUGGGAUACUCCUUCCUCCUGGAACUGCCGCAAGGUUUAGAGAUGUUUGUGGAUGGGCUUUGUAAAUGGUAUGAAUUCUAUGGAUGCAAGACAGUGGGAUUCCUGUUUCAUUGCUAGAACAUCCAGCUGAAGAGGACAGAUCCUGGCAGCUCUGGGUCCUUGUGCCACUCUGCAGUGGGAGAACCAGGCUUGAGCUGCUGGAAUUCCAUCAUUUCUGUCUAUCACUGCACCCGCCACCUUGUUUUGUAAUAGGUCUGCCAAUGUUCCUCCUCAGUGAGAUGGUGAGCUCCAUGGGGGUGACAGCUGUAUGGUCACCUAGUUUGUAUCCUUCAUGCCUAGGACAGCUGCUGGCUCAGGCAGAGAGCUCCAGAAGCAUUUGCCGUGGUGAGCUGUUGGUCAAGGUGCCACUGCUGAGGCUGGCCAAGGACAGGUGCGCUGUGGUCCAGCUGUGGGAGGGCUCAGCCUGCCGCAUCCACAUGCUCUCACCUGCCCUUCCUUGCCUCCCAGACUUCCCCAGCAUUGACCCCCUGCAGAAGCCUGCAGUUCUCAAGCCCAUGACUCCAGCCUCCUUCAUCCCAUGCUCUGAUCGCUGAGCGCACUUGCCUGGGAGAUGAGCCAUGGUUCUUCCAACACCUCCCUGAGACUUUGGGCAUUUAGGGGCCUUCAGUAGCAGUAGGGUAGGGAUUCCUUGAAGCCUGGCUCAAAGGGGUACUGGAUGAAAGGAGCAGGGGAUCCCCUUCCUCCAGCCAGCCAGGGAAAAUGGUGAAAGGGCUACAUGAGGGUCAGGUCCCAGUCUUUUGGCUGCUUCUGGCUGCUGAACCAGAUCCGGUGCUUCAUCUGUGUAUGGACAAGGUAGUUUUUCCUUGCAGGGAAAGAAAUGUCAAGAUUGCACCUGGGCCAUCUUGGAUGGGACGUCUGGACCUGGCUUAGCUGCUCAGAUCCACCCUUCAGCAUAGUGGACAGUUGCUAGACCCCCCACAGUCUCUCAGGGCAGGUGUUCAGGUGCCCAGAGGUCUUGAGAGCCCUCCCCAGGCCCCCAAGAACUGGCUCUACAUAGAAGAUCUGUCAAAGGAUCAGGAAGCAGAAGAUUGAGCAGCCACUUUGGACCCUCUCUCACCCUGGGACCCUGACCAAGAACCUGUGCAGCCAACCCCUAAGCCAAGGACUCUUUGAGCUACCAGCUCUCCUCCUGGAACUGUUUGUCUUGUUCUAGCUUGUGGUCACAUCUCCCUUUCUGUUCCUUUGUUCAGUCUUGUCUUGGCUUUUUGGACAGAUGUGUUGAACCAGUGUCUUAGAUGAAGCUUGCUCUUGUCCUCUGAUGUUACUUGCUGCUGGUUGCUCUAGGUAACUAGCUGCCCAGGAAAGCCCAGACCCUUGGACCCAUCUCAGAAAGAGGUCAUUGACAAAGUUACCCCAAUUAAUUUGUGGCCCUGGUCCCCUCCAGAUCCUGGGCAAUGGCCUGGAGUUUGCUUCUCACCAGCAAUCUUGAUGGUGCUGAGAUGCUUGGGGACAGGAUGGUUUAGGGUGGGCAUCUGGUGAAGGCAACUGGCAUUAGGAACUGGAGUGGUGGAUGGAAGCCACAUGGAACAUCUUCUGUGCUCCCAUCAGCUUGCUUAGGUUGACAUCUGCUGCUUGGGUGGCUGUCUCAGCACCCUAGGGCCUUGUUGUAUAAAGUGAUGUCAGAAGUUCAACAGCUUCAGCAUCACUUGGAAGCUUGUUAGAUCUGCAGCAAGUCUGUUCCCACCCCAGACCUGUUGAAUCAGAAACCUUAUCAAUAUCUACAAGUUAAUUGUGUGCUUGUGAAAGUUUGAGAAGCUCUGCUCUAGGAAACUAAUUGCCUGGAGUCUCAAGUCAACUGUGGUGAGCAGCUGUAGACACCCACCCGGGGGUCCAGAGUAGAGCCUCAGAAUCCUAGUUCUGGAGAUGUUCUGCAGAUCUGUUAUUGCUGAAAGGAUGGAUACAGUUUUGGUUGUUAGUGUCUCAUCUCUGGCCACAUGCAGAUAUAUUUCUCAUGAAACCUAUUUGUUUCUUUAAUAAAUA